CACAUAUUGGAUGGCAUGAGGCGGGAUCUCGGUGGCGGAACAGAGAACUGCACGAGAGAACGGAUCGCCUCCGGACACGCACACAAAGGCGCACUACGAGACAAAACAAUGGGCAUCAAACUGUAUUACACCACCGUCACCGCUUCUAGAGAGGUAAAAUCUCAGCAGGCGGAAGUGAUGCGGAUUCUGGACAGUAAGAGCAUCAAGUAUGAGUUGAUUGACAUCUCGGUAGGCGGGGAAGUCCGGGAUGAGAUGAGGAGUAAAUCUGGCAACCCCUCAGCAAUUCCACCUCAGAUAUUCAAUGAAGAACAGUACUGUGGGAACUAUGACAUGUUUUCAGAGGCAGUGGAGGCAGACACAGUGGAACAGUUUCUGAAGAUUGCAUGAGAGCCAAACCUGGUAGCAUCCAACCCCCUCUUCCCUUCCGGUCCAUGUCCACAUUCCCAAAGGGAGGCCUGCCUGUACCUGUCUCUGCUCCACUGGUGGUGCCUACCUUCCCUUGUCUCAAUGCCAUGCCACGCCACAUGCCAAAACCAAUCAACAGAAAAGCUCAUACCCACUCUAUGCCACCCUAUGUCUCCCAUGCUUUUUGUAUCUUGUGUCCUCUUUGGGUCUUGCGCCUCUGACGCAUAAAUGCCACUAAUUUGUCUUAAUCUUGUAAAGUAAUUAGGUCAACUAAACUGGGCUACAACAUCUUGUUUAUUCCAGAUUGAAUUAAUCCACAUUUAACAAUUGCAAGAAUAAUUUUGUGUCCUGGACCAAAAAGUUCAAGUUUGUCAACUUCUGUAGAUGUUUUGAUGGCGUUUUAUUCCCAUGUAGUACUGAUAAAUCAUUUGGAAAUGGUUCAUUGUAAGUGGGCUGUGAUUUAUUGAGUGUUGGUACUUUAAAAACACUGGUCUAUAAUUUCUAGCAUGUGAACCAGCUGUAUUGGAUUUAACAUCUCACACACUGCAUUGUAUUGUUUCAUUUUAACAGUUUUCAAGCCACAGGUAUGCUGUUUGAGAGAGUUUCCACUUAACAUUCCCAAAUUCAGUGAUUGAAAAACAUUCCGUUGCGUUAAACUGUGCCAAUACAUUUUUUGCCCAAAUGUAUUUUCCACAUGGGGAUAUUUCAUUUUCUACAGCAUCUGCACACCUAAAAAAAUGAAUUUUUCGAUGGAUGAAUUUAGUGUUCAGGUCACAUUUCACCCCAAAAUCUAAAGAAAUAACAAAUGAGACAUAUUUUGCAUAAAUAAAAUUAGUCCUAUUUUAGGACCAUUAAGAGUUUUUGCGUUUUGUGCAUUAUUUUGUGCAAAUUUUAAUUACUAGACGUUUUUGGGUAAUUUACAUUAAUUUUGAUGAUGAUUCAUUACUGUAAUAAAGUGUUUUAAUGUAUUUCAGAAAAAAAUACUGUUUUACACACAUGUAUAUAUAUCAGCAUAAAUUAAAAUCAGUACAAAAGAUGCAACAUGAUAUAUAAAUUAUUAAGAAUUUAAUGAACGCAACAUUGCAUUACAGAAAUGAGAACAACAUUUAUUCAUUUGAAUUGUUUUUGCAUUAUGGUAAUGAAAAUUUGCGGGAAAAUGCCACAAACCAUAAUAAUUCUAAAAACAGGCUUCAUUUUCUUCAUGCAAAGUAAAACUUAUAUCCUUCUUUUGAUUUUGGGCUAAAAUGUGACCCAGACCUGAUCUUGAAAGAUUUCAUGUGAUUCACCCAAGAGUCUAAGAGCAGAAUGUGGCGGAAUAUGAGAGUAACCUACUCCAACACAAUCCUGUUAUACCACAGAAUUUCAUCAAAUUUAUUCUGGUGAUGCACUAAAUGUUGGUGUUUCCGUGGUCAAUAUCAACUUUGCCUGAAAUUUUGAUUAGCUCAGUAUUUCUACCGAAACCGCAAAGUUCAUCUCUUAGUAGCUAGAUCAUUCCAUACGGCGUAAAUUACAAACUCGUAAUCCAUCAUGUGUCUUCUGCCAUUAAAUUUAGUUUUAUUUAAGGUUGUAGCAUUGACAUGUAAGCAGCUUAUCCUCUGACACAUUAUGUUUGGUCAAAGUGGUACUUAAUUUAUAUACUUGGCACAGUCUUACAAUGUUGUUGUAAGUUCGGUCCCGUGAUUUGAUGUUAUCUGGCAUCCCUAUAGUUUGCUGCUUCAGUUAGUCUUAAAUCUUCUAACUCAAGUGUCAGAGUUACAGUAAAUGCCACAAUGGGUUGGACCAACAGCUGGUUCAUGAAAUUAUUGUGAUCUGCCUCUGUCAUUAUUGUUUGUGACGAUUUCUUGUGGUCUCUUUGUGCUGUACUGCUUUGCUUUUGGACCAAAUUAAAAGAUCAAUAAUUAUGGAAUGAAAUGCUGUUGUCUUCCAAGAAGAUUGUGAAAUUGUAAUGUAUGGGUCCAAUAAAAGUGCGAAAGAAAAAAUCUUUAUUCUUUUUUUUUU